AUGAGCAAUAUUAUUGAUAAGCCAAAAUCUGAAGAUGCUACUAAUGCUGCUGGAGGAAUCCUGCUCCCUGGGGAGGUGUCGGAGAAUGUUGAUGAGUCAGCACGAGCGGAUAAGAGGGCAGCAGCAGCAGCUGAUGUGGACCGACCACUCCUUGUGCUCGCAGGGCCGGGAAGCGGCAAAACCUCGACCAUGGUAGCUCGCAUUUUGCAUCUUCUCCACGUGGGUGUGCCAGCCAAUCGCAUCCUCGCAAUGACCUUCACCACAGCAGCAGCCAAUGAGAUGCGAGAACGCGUGCUGGCCAGCCAAGGGAGGCGAUCGACAGGCAAGAAGACAGGAGCGGCAGGGAAGGGAAGGAGAGAAAACAAGGGAGGGGUGGCAGGAAUGGAAGGCGAGGAAGGGAAGCAAGAGAAAGAAGGCAAGGAUAGGAAGGAAGAGAAGGAGGCGGCAGCAGGUGCGGCAGGUGCGGGGGCAGCAGGUGUGGGAGCGGCGGGUGGGAGAAGUGCGGGCAGGUGGACUGAGGAGGGGAAUAAGGAGAACGAAGAGGGGAAGGGAGGAGGGAAGGUGGGAGAGAGUGUGGAGGAGAGGGUCGCGAGGGAGGUGGAGGAGCUGAAGAGGAGCCGAGCAGCAGCAGCAAAGUGGGUCAAGUUCGUUGUGAGGGCCAAGGCAGCAGGUCAGACAGCAGAGGACUUUGAAGCACGGGGCAACCACGAGGCAGCCCGUGUGCUGCGAGCAUAUGCAAGUGUGCUGCAGAAGUGCAACGCGGUGGACUAUCACGACUUCAUCCUGCUCUCCACCAUGCUGCUCACACAACAUGCUGACGUGCUUGAGGAGUGCACAGCAGCAUGGACUCAUGUACUGGUGGACGAGUUUCAAGACACCUCCCGCAUCCAGUUCGCAUUCGUGAAGGCUCUCUGUGGCACACACGGGCACAUCACCGUUGUGGGGGAUGAUGAUCAGGUGGGUUUGUGGGAUGAGAAGGGUUGUCCAUAUUCAGCUUCAACGGCGCCAAUCCGAGAGCACUUCUCCGACCACACGGAGGUGCGCCUGUGCCGCAACUACCGCUCCACAGGCACCAUAGUGCGGGCCUCUGCUGCUGUCAUCUCGCAGAACUUUCCAGGAAGGAGGGCGGCCAAGCAACUGUGCACUGACAAUGGCGAUGGGGAGAAGAUCAGGGUGGUGGAGGCCCUCCGCAACGUGCUGGCUCUGCUGCGCCUCUCCCUACAAUCUAAUGUUCCCCAUCCCUCCCCAUCCCUCUCCAUUCCUCUCCAUCCCUCCCUAUCCCUUCUCAAACCUCCCCAAUCCCAGGCCCUGCGCAACGUGCUGGCACUCCUGCGCCUCUCCCUCCCAGCGCUAGUGGACAACACUGCCGCCCGGAGAGUCUGGAAGUUACUGUUCAGCCGCGAAAAGGACGAGGCGAAAAAGAGAGCUGCAUUCUCGUCGCGUGCAACAGUGAGCGAAACUUCAGGGAAGCUUCUCAAUGAGGACGAUGACAUGCGCACGGCCCGUCAAUUUCUUAUCGAUGACAUCAGCGCCUUCCUCUCCCUCCACACACCCAAACCACCUGACACCGUUGCCAAUGAUGAAACCACCUGCAAAAACACCUGUGCUGCCGACGCUGCCUCCAGCUGCUUUCCCUCCUCGGUCUUCUCCUCCUCCUCUCUCUUCUCCCCCUCCUCUUCCUCCUCCUCCUGCGCUGCUCUGCUGCGGGCCUUUCUGGACCAUGUAGCAGCGAGGGAGGCACAGAACAACGCUGUGAGGCGGAAGGAAAAUGAGGAUUCGGUCACUCUCACCACCAUGCACCAGAACAACGCUGUGAGGAGAAAGGAGAAUGAGGAUUCGGUCACCCUCACCACCAUGCACCAGUCCAAGGGCCUGGAGUGGCACACGGUGUUCAUUGUGAGCGCCAACGAGGGGGAGACGCCGCUGCAAAACAGAUUCGAGGAGGAGAAAGGGGGUUGUGCAGGGAAAGGUGGCUUGAAGAGGCCAAGUGGAGAGGGGUCGGAGGAAGAACCGCUUUCACUGGAGACACCUGAGAAGCAGGUUCUCCAGCCCUCUCUAUCCGGGAAAUCCCUGCGGAUCUGCUGCUCUGGCAAGGCAGUACACCCAUCAAAGCCAACCCCUGUGCGUCCGCACAUGCUGCUGCACCGCAUACACCCACCACAGCCCGAGUUGCCACUCCUGCCUCUGCCCAACCUCACACCCCUGCUGCAUCACACCCUGGCGGAGCGAAGGAGCAGUGGGGGGCAGGGGUUGCAACUCUCAAUCCUGGUCAUGGGCUUCCCCACAGAGCACCGUGCGAGCAUAGCAGCAAUCUUCCACUCGUGGGCGCGCCGCCCUGCCUUUCAGCAGCCAUCACGUCUUCUCGCUAAGGUGAGGGCAGUGGUGGAUAGCAGGCAGAGCAGUGGAGCAGCGAGAUCAGCCGGUGGCAAGGAAGCAUUACGAUUGCUGCGACCACUCUUGUCGUCCACGCAAGCUGCUUCCUUCGCAGCUCAUGUGAUAGCAUGGGAGCAGCUUCCGUUCGAGCAGAGAGCAUUACACCGGGUGGAGCGACAGGAAAUGUUUCAGCAGCAGUAUUCGGAAAAGGCUAUGAAUAGAUCAGCAGCAACACCAAAACAGUUGACAUACCUGAAGCAGCUUGGAUGUACUGUUGAACCCUCUUCCAAACUCCAUGCCUCGAAACUGAUAGAGCAGUACAAGAACCUAUGA